AUGAGCUUCGAUCUAUCGACGACGUACGAGCGGGCAUUGCUCCGUCCGCUUGUCUUACCUCCCAUCGAUCCCACUGUCACGAACGAGUCGGCAGGUCUGUCAGAGGGGUCCAAAUGGCGAGCUUCGACACAUAUUUUUCGGGGAACAGAAGAUCGCGAUGAGACUGAUGCGUGGCCACCAGCCAAGUUCAACGAUGACCCGUCCAAUAUUCCCAACGACGAGGCAUACAACAUCCCAUACGAUACAGCAAGCAAGAAAGCCAACAGCAGUAUGUUCAAGCUGCACUCAGACUCAGGUCGGAGCAACAAAUCGAAUGUCCCGCCUCCUAAGCUGGUUGCCAAGCGCUACAUUCCAACGAACCAAGUCAAUAAGUCUGGACAGGGCGUAACUCUUCUCACGCUUACGGGCAUGGGCGUUCCCAAGGAGAUGUUUGAGCCUAUGCUUGAAGACCUGCUACCUCGACUGCGCAAGUCUGGUGUCAAGGUUGAGGAGGUUUGGGCCAUAGAUAUGCCACUUAGCGGAGAGACGGCCAAGGCUAAUUCUGUGGGAUACUUGUACGCCAAUGAGAAAGACAUCGUUCGAGAUUUUCUGCUCUUCCUUACAGCCUACCUCCCUGUGCAACCCGGCGAAGAGCUACCGAAGCAUCUUCAACCUCGAACAACAACAGACCAAGCUCAACAGCCUACACGACAGAAUCUUCACGUCUUUGCCCACAGUCUCGGUGCUCAAGCCGCUAUCCUAGCUUCCGUCCACGCACCAAACAUAUUCAGCAGCCUAAUGGUCGUCGACCCAGCCAUGAUUCCAGCUGGAAAGAUCAACGACGCUAUGACAAAACUCCCCAAAGAGAUCUUCUGUCUCGGUCUCAAGGAAAGUUUCCCCGAUCGCAACGCCGUCGAGAACGCACUUCGCGAGAAUAAACGUACACGAAACUGGGACGAACGCGCUAUCCGUAUGUUCACCCAACACGGUCUGGUCCCUAACGACAAGGGAGGAGUCAAACUCAUUGCCCAUCCAAGACUUGACUGGGCUUUAUGGUACGACAAGCAAACGCCCGCAGAGUGUUACGAUCGGUUCAGGGAUAUAAGUGUUCCGUUGCUUGCUAUCAUGCCCAAGAGGCCUUUUGCUGUGCCGGCGAAGAUGUUCGAGGCUGACGUUAAGAAGUUGAAGGAGAGGGUUUAUGUUAGGUGGGUUGAGGGGACACAUCAGGUUGUUUAUGAGAGGAUGGAUGACUGUGUUGGGUUUGUGGGGGAGUGGUUGGGGGAUAUUGCUGGUGAGAAGAGAGCUAAGCUGUAG